GCGUUCCUGCUGAGGGAAACGGUUACGCCCUAGAGCUGCUGACAGCGUCAGGAAGCUGUUCUGGGGGAGCCUUCAGGACUACUAGCUUCCUCCCCAAAGCCAAGGAAGUGAGAGUUUCCUUCUUUCUGGAAAUCCCAAGAGUGUAAUCACAUUGAAGAAGCAUUUCCACUUCUUAAAAGGGGUCCUCACACUCCCUUGAUGUUUGACCAGCUGUCCCAAUGGGAUUUUUGCUAAGUAAAGCUUCCACUCAAACAUCUGCUGUGCUGGUGAAUUCAGAAGUGAGCGAUCACUUAAUGCAAGGAGCUGAGAAGAGUGGAUUGGAACCAGUGACGCGGUUAUUUCAAAACACCAACAAAAUAAAGUUAGAAGACACAAACCAAGAAAACUUCACAAGAAAGGAAGGGACUAACACAGGAUGGAAUUCCAUAAGCUAUGUGAAGGAGAACGAUGGCCUUGUAAUGACAGAUUUGGAAUGAAGUCACCUGGACACAUUACCAGAGAAAUCAAAAAUUGAUUUUGAUUAGAGGAUGUGUUCAAUGUAGCUGAAGUCCAUUAGCCUAACAAAAAAAAAGGAAGGAAGGGAGAAAAGGCCCUCCUGAAUCCAAAGCAGAUUUCUUCGGUGUAUAUCCUAUCCCUGUCAAACACCACAGUUGUUUUUACUAACAGUAUUUGAUACUAAUGCACUUUACCGUAAUAUAAUAAAGAUCUUUUGCAAGUGGUAUGAAAGGGGAAGCUAAGCAAAGCAUGGCUGUUUCACACCUUUUCUGGCGAAGCGCUUUCAUAUGCUGCACUUCAAGUUCAGGGGUUUGCUUUGGAGUCCCUUACCUUUCACAUGGUCAGGAACUCUUUCUGUUCUGUGAGAGAGCACUGUUGAUGGCUCCUUAGAAAAGAACAGUGAGCCACCUCUCUUCAGAAACAUUUCACACUCAUGUCUUUUUCUGCCAUGUUGCCUUUAUUUCAGAGCUAGGGUGUAGUUCUUUCCAAGUUAAAUGUGUUCAUCGUGUAGUAACUACCAUUUUAUAACAAUAUCUCAUACAAUAAAAGCAAAAACUUAUAUCUGUUGUUAAGAUAUAUGUAGUCUGAAAAAUUAGUACUGUCCCAAGCAAUGGUAGGUGAAAUUAAAACUAUUUAGUAUCUAGAUAUAUGGUGAAUUGUAAUUAUUUAUAUAAUAUGUGGGUUUUGUUGUUUGCUUGGUUUAUUGUUGUUGUUUGGUUUUGGUUUGAUGCUAGAGAUUGAAUCUAGCAUGAUAAACAUGUAACUGCUACUGAGUUCCACCCCAUGUUUUGAACAUGUUUUUGCAUGCUAAUACUUAAUAACUGUAUGUAUUGUCUAAUUGCAUUAUCUCAAUAUUAUUAAAAGAUAGAGAAAAGGCAUCUUGGGAUGGGAGGGGAACAAUAUUUUAUGAGGCAGGCCAAUUCUAAAGAAAUGAAUCUUGAGCCUAGUAUUAAAAACAUAGUUAAAUGAUA